AUGGCCUUCUUCACUACGCAAGUCAUGAACGUUGCCGAGCGGGUCAAGGACCUACGGCCGCUAGGGUGCACGUUUCUCCCGCCGUCUCUGUGCAUGGGCUGGGUCACCACGCCAGGUGAGGGCGUGAAGGCCCGGCUGGGGACGUGGAUGGAGUUUUACCAGGCGGAUUUCCGGGGGGGCAAGAGCGCGGAUUUCACGGGCUGGCUGGAGCACCGGUUUGGGAGGAUGAAGGCGCGGGCGGCGGAGCGAGAGAGCAGGAUAGGGGCGAGUGGCGCCGAGGGUAGCGGCAUUGCGUCUUCGAGGAGGCACGAGGAGGAGGAAGUAUUUGAGAUUACGGGGACAAGGCCCUGCUGCGUGAUGUGA